CCGUCAGAUAACUUAGCCCAUACUCCUGGAGUUUACCUGGAGAGAGUUCCGGGGGUCAACGCCCCCAGUGUGAUAAACUGUCUAGUCAUGUUUUGUUUUUGUAUUUAAGCUCGUUUAGUGUUUUCCUUAAUUGUUUUAAUUUAUAGUUUGAACCUAAUGUAAUAUGAAUUUCAUAUUUAUACAUUUCGUUUACCAUUUAGUUAGUGCAUGUGGAUUUGUAUGGUUCUUGGUUUUGUUGACUGAAGGUUCUGUUCUCGGUCUCUCUCGUGAGAAACUGGUCUUCAUAUUCGCUCUUCAUGAAGCUCGUUUAGUGUUGUUAACUCAUAAUUGUUUUUAUUUAUAGUUGUUGACUAUGCUAUAACACUUAUUUCUGUUUUCUGAUUUAAUAUUGUGCAUUAAGUGCAUGUGGGUUUUGUAUUUUGACUUGGAUCAAAUUGUUUUAUUGUUUUGUAUAUUUUUAUUGUAUAUGCGGUUUUAUUAUUGGCCUAGUUUACAUUUACUGUUAGUAGCUAUGGGUCCCUUGUUGAUAUCACCUUUCAAGUCUCCCAUUGCUAUGUUGUCUAAACUCAGAGAAUGGCCCUCCCGUAAAUGUCAACGUGAGGAGGGUUUGGAACCAGCCGAGGUGAGCACUACUUCAGUGACACCUCAACUACUGGAUUAUCCCUACCUUCAACCCCCUGGUAAUCUGAUAGAUUAUUCAGAUUUGUACUCUACUCCAAAACAUUCAUGCUCCUCUGCAUUGACAACUCCUGAUAGUGGCAUAUAUGUUGAAAACACGCCUUGGAAACCUUGUGCAUAUUUUGAUCAGAGAAAACGAAUAAGAGUUAGCAGUCCCAUUCCUAUUACCAGUGGUACUCCAACCCCAUAUCAAUGCCAAAGGCUGCAGGCAUUAUGUACCACAUCGCAUUUGCAGAAAUCGAAGAAUAAAGCUUUUUGUGAUGAGAAGCUAAAGCUUAAAGAAAGCUACGCCCUUCAAAAUCCUAACACAAGCCUAGGAUGUCCUAAUCACACUCAGUAUCAGCCCCAUUAUGGAGACAAUACUCGACGUGCAUCUACAACUUCAUCUACAUCAAGCAUAGCAAGUUCCACAGAUACCAUCACCACUUACAUAACUAGUGACUUUUCGUCAAGUGCUCUCUCAGAGGGUGAUUCUUGGUGUCUUAAAUUGUCUGAUCUGGAUUCUCCAGAAUGUCUUUCUCCUUCCCUCAUUGGUGGUUGGCCCAGGAUAAUACCUGACAGUGUUAAAAUACAAAUUAAACUUCCCACUCACAUUUCCAAUCAAUGCCAGUUGAUAGAAAACCUUUCUAGGGACAUAAUUGCUCCAAAUUGUAGCAAUGAUUAUUCAUAUAUGGAGCAAGUUAAAUCUUGCUCUAGUGUGUUCAGUGAUUCUCCUGCACAUAAAACUAAGAAUAUGGGUAUCAAAGACGAGUUUCACCAAAAGGCCAUCUUGGUGUGCAUAGAUCAGCUACAAAAUGAGUUUCGUGAUGGGGAGAGUAAAGCCUCAUCUGGAAUUGGAGGUGCAGACUGCAGUACUCCAGCAUCUCAUCAUAACCUUCGUAACCACUCCUUCUAUGACCUCCACCGAUGUGACAAAUGUGGGCUCUAUCUCAGAGGUUUUAUUCAUCAAGGACAGUUUUGUCAGGACUGUGGACUGAUUGCUCACCGCACAUGUGCUGCUACAGGCUUACCUCCGUGUGUAAAACAAUCAUCCAAAUACUUUCGUCGCAUAUUACUCUCCUCUGUUUUUGGCCUAAGCUUAUGCACUCAGUUUACUCCUGGUGAGAGCCCAGCCCCCCUCCUGCUCGUGCGAUGCUGUCAAGAAAUUGUGUUCCGUGCCAAGAGUGAUCCUAACUUGGAUCCAUAUCGCCUCUAUCGUACGCCACCCCAACAAGAAACACUGGCUCAGUUGAGACAGGACUGUGAUGAAGACAUGUGCAAUGUUGACCUUAGUACAUAUGAACCCCACGUUAUUGCGUACCUGAUUAAACGAUAUCUUCGAGAGCUCCCUGAGCCAGUGAUUCCAGAGACAUUUUACGAUCGCUUCAUUGAAGCUACUCGUAUCCAUAAUGAUGACCAGUGUGCUAAGUGUAUGGCACAGAUGGUAAAGGAACUCAAUUCUCAUCAUUUCUAUACAUUGCAGUUUUUGAUGAGCCACUUCUUGCAACUAUGUCAACUCCAGGUUGGAAGGGGCAUCUUGGAUCCACCAACUCUUCUCAUUCAAUCACUCUGUCAUGUCCUUUUAAGACCACCAUGGGAAAAAAUUGUGGAACUAGCACGCAAUACAGAAGCACACAUGCGAAUUGUAGAAAUAAUGCUGAAAAAAGUUGACUGGGGAGAAAAAGUUCCCACAUUUGCACCAGCGCCAGCUUUACCACCAAGGCCUCGUCCAUCAGUAACUACAUAUCCUGUCUUUGUGGAGGAUAGUAGUCCACGAUCUCCUGCUACUGGACAACCUCCUCCUCCAGUUAACACAACCACUCUCUCAUUUUACUCCAAUAUCCCUACCAAUGCACCAAAGGCACUACAAGAAGCUGAGUGGUAUUGGGGUACUAUUAGUAGGGAGGAUGUAAAUGUGUUGAUGAAGGAUACCAAGGAUGGUACCUUCUUGGUUAGAGAUGCCUCAACUGGAAAUGAAGAGUACACACUUACACUCCGUAAGGGAGGCUCAAAUAAGCUAAUUAAGAUAUGUCAUCACAGUGGAAAGUAUGGCUUUACAGAGCCAUAUACUUUUAAUUCAGUAGUGGAUUUGGUGAAUUACUGCUGUCAACAAAGUCUUAUACAGUUCAAUAAAGCACUUGACAUAAGAUUGCUACAUCCAGUAAGUCGUUUCCAUGGUGAAGAGUCAGAAAGCGCCAGAAUGCGAGUUGAGGACAUACUGGGUCGCUUGAAUGAUCUAAAUAAGCAGUACCUUUCAAAAACUGCUCAGUAUAACAGUGCAUACGAAAAGCAACAGGCACUAGCUCAAGAUAUCCAGCUGAGUCGGCAAGCACUUGAUGGUUUCACGGAGACAAUCCUGUGGAUUGAAGAUCACCUCAAACUCCACGAAAAAUUCAAAGUUGAAGCCCAGCCUCAUGAAGUGCAUGACUUGUUAACAAACCAACAAGUACUGUUGGGGCGUCUUGACAAAGUUAGAGAGGCUCACAGCCAACAAGAAAACCAUUUCUCAGCACUGAAGCGAGAGAGUUUAAGUGUGGAACGCCAAGCUACAUCGUUCAAAUUGGAUGUCAUGAAAUUAGCAAAGCAAAUGGACCAUCUCAAGAACUUGUUGCUUUCACGUGGACUUUCUGCUGACAUGAUGGAUCAGUGGCUUGACCAGUCUGAUCCAUCGCAGACUCCACAACCAUGUCCGGAGCUAAAUAACGAGUCUCUGUGGCAUGAUGAUGCUUGUUCAAGAGAGCGAGCUGUUAAUCUGUUAAAUAACAAGCCUGAUGGUACUUUCCUCAUAAGAAUGGCCCAAAAUGGAGGAUAUGCUUUGUCAAUUGCGUGCAACAAGGAAGUGCAACACUGUAGGAUAUAUGAAGGUGGGCAUGGUUAUGGGUUUGCUGAACCAUUUUUGAUCUAUCCAACACUGCGAGAUCUAGUUCUCCAUUACUCUGAAAACUCGCUUCUAAUGCACAAUGACCUGCUCAAUACACCUCUUAAAUACCCAGCUCUAAUGAACAGCUAGUGACAGCAAUAAGGUUAGCAUGGAACAUGAAGCUUACCAGGUAAUUGUUUAAUUGGAACUUGGUAUACGCAAGCUCCAACAAAGCUAACCUGCUGGUAAAUCAGGCUUAGCUAAGUGAAUUGAGGGCAGUGAGGUGGAUUCAGUGAUUGCCUGAUUGCCAAUGGAAAUAGUUGUAUAUUUGGAGUGAACCUUUUCUCAGGAAACCAGUGACUGUUGCCAGGAGUGUCAUGGAUAAGUACAGUAUAUGCAUUCUGCAAGAUAUGUGUGAUGGCUUUAAUAUGCAGGACGUUUAAAACAUUGGACAUUGUCUGUUGCACCUCUGCACUUGGUGUUUAAUGGCUGAAGGCCAUUUUGUCCCUCUACACCUACUUACUACCAGACUUUUUCCAGUGGCUAUACAAUGCAGUCAGACAGAUUUAAGUUAUUAUAUUAAGAAUAUGGUAUAUACAUAUGCAAUGUUAGCUGAAAGAAAUCUGGUAGCAGACUUGUAGAGCCCCAUUUUUUACUCUGUGGUACAAAAUAGUUUCAGGACUAGCAAAGGCAAGUUGUUUCAAAGUGACGUAUGUUGUCACAUCCUACAGAGUUUAGUAUCGAGUGAUCAAAGUACGGGUAGUACCCCCCUUAAGAGAGGCUACCCACACAUAUGUUGUUUUCGUAGUGGCCAAAGACAAUAAUCCAUUGCAAAUAUUUUGCUGUCUGCUUGAUAACCUCCUCAUAACCUAUAGUUUAUAAAAUAGUUGAUAUUUUAAAGAAUAUUAACAGAUAGGCUAUACAGUGUUAAUAUUUGAUACUACAAAAUGUGCUGUGAAGGAAUGAUUCUUUGUUUCCAAAGAUUGUCAAGAUCUCCUAUUCAGACAAAGGCUACAAGUGUUGGAUAUCAGUGUGUGAUAAAAGUUACUGAGGUUAAGAGAAGUUGCUGCAUUCCAGUUAUGACUGAGCAGGAUAUAUCCAGCAUGUCUUUAACAGGUGACUACAAAUCAGAAAUAAAGACUUUUGCAAGUGUGAUAUAAGCAUUAAUAAACAAAUUAGACCCAUAAGUGCUGUAGCUAGAGAUGAUGACUUGGAACACUGGGGUAUCCAAGUCAACUCUAGUCACCAGAAACCCCAAGCCACAUGCUACACCAUGCUUUGAUUCAUCAUUUAAGGCUUUCAUCUCAUUUUUUUAUAAUUUUUAAGUAUAAAUAUUUCUCGUACAUUGUUCUAAUCAUCUAUGCUCUGUUGACUUGCAUAUUGUACUUACAUCUGUAUGUAUAUUAGUUUGUGUGUGUGUGUGUGUGUGUGUGUCUUUAUUGUAUAUGAAUUGUAUAUAUACUGUGUAUAUAUAAUAGGUAUCUACAUGUAUGUUUAUAUACAUACAUAUACAGUGGACCCUCGAGUAACUCCUGGGUUACGGUCCUGAAAAUCAGCGCUUUAUUCAAAUCAGAGUUUAGCAAAAUGAAGAACUUGGGGUUAAAAAAUAGGCAUAUGCUACUUUGAAAUACAAAAAAGGGGCUAGCAAAUUUUUUUUUUAUAAUAGUUUGAAAAGUCAAAAGAAAGAACUUUGCCUUAAAUUCUGGCUGCUAUUGCUUGUUGAUGUGCAAGUGUGUGAAGAGAGAUGUGGUCCAGCACCUUACCUGUAUCUAGAUGGAGACAAAUGGCCCAAAGUUCACAAGUGGAGAAAAAUACACAUAUUGCAUGGAAAAGCUUUAUUGAGAUGUUUUGCCAAUGGAACAUUCUCCAGUCAUUAUACAGGGAUGCACAACAACAAAAUUUAAACUAAUGUAGUCAAGCAAGUGGCUGGGUCAGGGAGGUCAUUGUGUGAGUGAGUUACAAAAGGACCAGUAAGCCUCCUGCAGUGCCUUGUCACAGUUCACCAACAUGGUAACUGCAGUGACCAGCCAUUCACCCAACUAGCAUAAAUUUACUUUUUGUGAGUUCCUGUGUAUUGGCCGAAGAUGCCUGUUCCACAGGCUGUUGUCUUUUUCUGUACCUGUACUUGUUGCUACUGUUCACCUAGCAGUAAAUAGGUACCUGGGUGAUAGCUGACAGCAGACUUGUGUUAUCCUGAGUUACUAAUGCAAGAGGUUAACAAUUCAAAUAAAAUUAUCUGCCCUUGACACUGAUAAACCACAUUGGAAUAAAUGUGGCAGUGUACAAUUCCUGGACAAACAUCACUUACCAACACCUGCCCUCAGUAUUUGGUAAAUAAGCCAAAGUGAAAGAGGAGUAAUAGGUCUGUUAUGUAGUCAGCUGCAUUGUUUAAAUCUAUUAAACCGACCAGGACUAUAUGUAUACCCUUGUGAAGGCUUUCCAUCCUUCUUAUAAUUUUAUUGAAAUUAUUAACCUGAAGGGCUAGCAACCCAGGAUACCCAAUAAAGCCAUUUUGGUCAGAUUAUCUGACUAUGAUUUCAUUGGACUGAUGACAUUUUUGUAGAUAAGGUUUCCUGCCUUAUUUGACCACUAAACAGCUUCACCCACUGGUGUGGAGGGAAAAUUUCUUGCUACUGCUCGCUGACUGCAAGCCCACCAGUGGUUACUGUGCGUCCAUAGGAGGUUAUAAGUUUUUCAUUAAUGGCAUGUUGCUGAAUUAGUGCUAUCAGGUAAUAUUUUCUAUAGAUUUGGUUUGCAUGUAUGUGUGUGUGAUAUAUGUAUGUAUAUAACACACACACACACACACACACACACACACACACACACACAAAACACACACGCACGUGCACACACACACAAAACACACACACACACACACAAAACACACACACACACACAAAACACACACACACAAAACACACACACACACAAAACACACACACACAAAACACACACAAAACACACGCGCGCACACAAAACACACACACACAAAACACGCACACACACAAAACACACACACACACAAAACACACACACACAAAACACACAGUAUGGAUCAUGCAUCUCAUUAUAUUUAUGAACACUGUCUUCCACUAAGUAAUAACUGUGUUUGAUGGGUCAGCCAUGGGUUAGUAAAUACAUUAUUUUAGCUUGGAUCACCUGCUACUUAAUGAUCUGAUUUGCUGCAGAACUAGUCUCUUAAAUAAAUUAUAAAAAGCUGCAUAGCUGAAAGGAUCCUAAAUUUGCCUGUGUGCUUUGUAAUUUAUCAUUUCACAGUUGAGAGACUGUGUGUUUCAUUUUUCAUAAAUCAUCUAGCCACCUCUCCUCAUUAUUACAUGUCCUCUGAACCAUUGUUAUAUACUGUAUAUAUACAUAUAUAUUUUAUAUUAUAAAAAGUUAGGCAACAAAUGGUUUAGGACUGCCAUAGAAGAGACACGUCUUGAACCCAGUGAAGUUAGUGGGCAGGUGGUAUGAGGGUUGGUAGCUGCACAAUGUGAUACUGUGGUGUGUGGCUUGGGCAGUUGUGUGCCAAGGCAGGUAGUCAUGACUUGGCCACGCAACCACUACCCCUCCCUGUCGCUUGUCACCCUUCCUCCCAUGCUACACAGGGAAAAAUAAGUCAAUAAAGUGCUCUUUGGUCA